CAAACUUAAUCAACUCAGUCAGCUCUUACCCUGCUCACAGAAACGUAAAAGGUUCUGAUAAUCUUUUCACAACUAUGAACAUAGAAUCUUGGUGUACGGUGGAACUCAAUUCUAAGCAAGACUGGCUGCGAGCAAACAGGAAACACAACCCAAAUGCGUUUACAAGUUCUGUUUUCAAGGGAGACUCAAAUCAACAUCAUGUCAGUAGGCUUGACUUUAACAGUACACCUGUUAAACACAGGGAAAGAAGACAUUUUCCCGAUAAAGGUAACAAUUCUUUAUGCUCACAUUCUGUGGAUAAGAGAAGGCUCACAAAAUGUUUUACAAAAACCCACUAAUUUUCAAUUACUACAAACUCUGGUGGCCACAAAACAAGAAGAGUUAAGUUCCCUCUACGGUGCGUUUGUAAUCCUUGAUAAUAACCCUGAAAUUAAGUACGAGGAUUUUCGUAGGACUUCUUAAAAAUAGGUGCCUUCAAAAUUAGUCAUUAUCAAAAUGGCGUAUGAAAAAUUCCCAAGGAUAGUACAUGUAGGACAAUGUUUUUUUCCAAGUGGCAGGAGAGUGAGGAGCUGUCUAGUGACUUUAAAUAGUGAGGCUUGCAGUCAGGCCAGUCAGGUCAAGCGUAUGCCCCCAAGGUGCCAUUAAUAAAUUUAUCAGUGGCAGAUUCAGACCUUCAGAUAAGGAAGGGGGCGGUCAUCCAGACCCUGCGAUAAGGUUAGGACCUGGUCUGAAAAAAAAAUUUUUCAGCUCUUCAGAGUUCAGUUUGGUCCAAAAAUAAGCGGGGGGAGGGGCCCACCAGGAUCCGCCACUGUUUAUUAUUCGAAAGUUGAAUCCAUUGGUAGUUGUAGAUUUCAGAUUCAUCUCCGGCAUCCUUGCUGGCACACUCAAGGCUGCAGUUAUGGAAUUUCUACCAGCUCAGUUUCCCUAAAUUUGAUGUAAAUGUCUUUGAAGCAAUUUUAUCUGUUUAGAGAUUUUCAAUAAGACCAAAUACAGAAAAGUUCUUGUGAAAUAUUCACUGCUCAUUAUGCUUGGAGAAAUGCCAAUUUGAAUUUGACACUAGUUACGGGAAUGACCAACAGAUUCAAUUUUCAAAUAAUCAAUUCAUUUAUAAAAUCUUGGGGGGUACACUUGACUUAUUGCCUUGACUGUAAGAGAGUCUCCUCUUAGUUAGUCUUUAUUUUCUCUGAAAAAGCUAUGCAAUUAUACCAUUUUUUUAGAUGCUCGAAAAUCCUAGGAGAGGCAGGCAAGCAAGAAAUUUUACAAAAUUCUAGAUCUCAAAUCAUCUUCCAAACAGGUAUUUUCCAAAAAUUGACGUUGGGCCGGCCCCUGCACGUUCCAUGCAUAAAUGGACUAAUUCACUUAGGGUGACUAAAUUCGGGCCUCAAAUAAUCAAGUUUUUGUAUUAUAUCUUUUCCAUUACAGAUAAAACUCAAUUGAAGUGACACCAACUGUAUGAAACAAGAAACAGCAAAGAAGGAAUGGCCCAGACUCUUGUUUGAAAAUGAACUUUUAAUGUCUGUGUGAAACAGCU